GUUGUCCAUCUGAAGUGGUUCGUUGUCAGAAUUUCUUCCCCAAACAAACUAAGGUGAAACUAAACGACUCCGCUGCCUUUGGCCACAGUCAUCACCAAAAAGUAACAGAAACAAACUAACAGAACAAUUCCCACAUUCAUUGUAUUAUUUUUCACUCAAUUUCUUUGUAAUAAUAAUAAUACAAUUUCUUUUUCUUUUCAAUUUCCCAUAUAAACCAAAAUCCAAAGCUGUUUUGUGUUAUAUAAAACCCAAUACCUUAAUAUUCUGUGUGCUCUCUUCUGUUGUUAUUUCUUUCGUUUUCGUUUCAAACAAACACUAUGGCGGAGAAACAGCUUAUCGUUGCUGUUGAAACCACUGCAGCUAUGGGACCUUAUUGGGAUACUCUUCUAAUGGAUUAUCUUGAAAAAAUCGUCAGGUGCCUUGGUGGGAACGAGUCGACUGGGCAGAAGCCUUCUGGUUCCAACGUCGAGUUUUCCCUAGUCACCUAUAAUACUCAUGGGUGUUAUUCUGGUAUCCUCGUGCAACGUACUGGCUGGACAAGAGACCCAGAUGUUUUCUUACAGUGGCUAGAAUCUAUACCAUUUUCUGGUGGUGGUUUUAAUGACGCAGCUAUUGCUGAAGGGCUUGCUGAAGCUCUGAUGAUGUUCCCCCCUUCUCAAAGUGGAGGCCUAAAUCAGCAGAAUGUGGAUACGAACAUGCACUGUAUCCUUGUGGCAGCCAGUAAUCCUUACCCAUUGCAGACACCGGUAUAUGUUCCGCAACUGCAGAGCCUAGAGAAGACUGAAUCCAUUGACUCAAACCAAGUGAACCAGUUAUAUGAUGCUGAAGCUGUUGCUAAAGCGUUUCCGCAGUUUAAUAUUUCUCUAUCGGUCGUCUGCCCAAAACAACUUCCCAAAAUUAAAGCCAUCUACAAUGCGGGAAAGCGAAAUAAUAGAGCUGCUGAUCCACCGGUUGAUGCUAAGACCACUCAUUUUCUUAUUUUAAUAUCAGAAGGUUUUAGGGAAGCCCGCAGUGCCUUGAGUCGACCUGGAACUAACAUGCCUUCAAAUCAAAGUCCUGUAAAAGUAGACGCUGUAUCUGCCACACCAGUUACGGGGGCACCCCCAUCUUCAUUGCCAUCAGUGAAUGGAUCUAUUCCGAACCGGCAACCAAUACCUGCUGGGAAUGUGACUCCUGCUACUGUAAAAGUGGAGCAAGUGCCUGUAACUUCUGGACCAGCUUUUUCACAUAAUCCAUCAGUUCCGCGUGCUACUGGUACGGGUCUAGGAGUUCCAAGCUUGCAGACAUCUUCUCCAUCCUCUGUUUCUCAAGAUAUUAUGACAAGUAAUGAAAAUGCAAUGGAUACAAAGCCUAUUGUGUCAAUGUUGCAACCAAUACGUCCUGUGAAUCCAGCUCAAGCGAAUGUGAACAUUUUGAAUAAUCUCUCACAAGCACGUCAGGUAAUGGCUUUAAGUGGCGGAACUUCUAUGGGACUUCAAUCAAUGGGCCAGACUCCUGUUGCCAUGCACAUGUCAAACAUGAUAUCCAGUGGGACGACAUCUUCUGGGCCUACAGGUCAAAAUGUAUUUUCAUCUGGACCGUCAGUAAUAACUAGUUCUGGAUCUCUUACUGCUUCUGCACAGGUUGGACAAAACUCAGGUCUUUCUUCAUUAACAUCAGCCACUUCUAACUCAAGUCCAAAUACUGGGAUUUCACAACCAAUAGCUAAUCUCCAAGGAGGUGUUAGUAUGGGACAACAGGUUCCCACUAUGAACCCAGGAAACCUUUCAGGGGCCCAAAUGGUGCAAGGCGGAGUUAACAUGAACCAAAAUGUAAUAAAUGGCCUCGGUCAAUCAGGUGUCUCUUCUGGAACUGGAGCAAUGAUUCCUACUCCAGGAAUACCUCAACAGGUACAAUCAGGUAUGCAACCUCUUGUGAAUAAUGCAGCUGCUGCUAAUAUGACUUUGACGCAACAGACAGCUUCUUCACAAUCCAAAUAUAUAAAGGUUUGGGAGGGAAGCUUAUCAGGACAAAGACAAGGACAGCCGGUAUUUAUCACCAAACUCGAAGGUUACAGGAGUUCUUCUGCAAGUGAGACACUUGCAGCGAACUGGCCUCCUGUAAUGCAAAUAGUUCGGCUUAUAUCUCAGGAUCACAUGAAUAACAAGCAAUAUGUAGGAAAGGCAGAUUUUCUAGUAUUUCGGGCAAUGAACCCGCAUGGUUUUCUUGGUCAGCUGCAGGAAAAGAAGCUGUGUGCAGUUAUUCAAUUGCCAUCACAGACGUUGCUACUAUCUGUGUCAGACAAAGCCUGCCGCUUGAUCGGGAUGCUUUUUCCUGGGGACAUGGUUGUAUUUAAGCCACAAUUGUCUGGUCAGCAGCAGCAGCAACAGAUGCAACAGCAACAAAUGCAACAACACCAGCAGAUGCAAUCGCAACAGCAGCAUCUUCCACAAUUGCAGCAACAGAUGCAACAACAACAACAACAGCAACAGCUUCCACAGCUGCAACAGAAUCAGCAGCUUUCCCAGAUUCAACAGCAGAUUCCACAACUCCAGCAACAGCAGCAGCAACUCCCUCAACUUCAACAGCAGCAGCUUUCUCAGCUGCAGCAACAGCAGCAACAGCUUCCGCAGUUACAGCAACUGCAACAUCAACAGCUUCCUCAGCAGCAACAAAUGGUUGGUGCUGGAAUGGGUCAAACCUAUGUUCAAGGUCCUGGGGGGCGCUCACAAAUGGUUUCUCAGGGACAAGUUUCAUCACAGGGAGCUACAAACAUUGGUGGAGGGAAUUUCAUGAGUUAGCUCAUUCUCUGAUACAGCUUCCCCAAGAUUGACACAACACCAGUCAUGUUUUGGGGAUUCUAUUUAUUUUAUAUUCUGGCAUAUCAUUUCAACAUUAAACUUAUGUUUGUAGGUUACUAGCAUGCAAUUGCAAGUACUUGGCUCAUAAUUUAUGGCUACACUCAGACAGUGAUAGUUUUGGUCAUUUAAUUUAUGGUCGUACCAUUUCUUUAGUCAUGAGCCAUUAAAAACAGAUAGGUUGUAUAUAUUGAGAGCAUACUAUAAAGUCAUUGGAUUUAUGAUGGAUUCAGAGUCUAUAUAUUAUGUUAAACAGUCUAUACAUGA